AUGAAGUUCCCAGAAAAGUCGCAGUACACCGGGGACAACGAUCCUCAAAAAAUGCCCAAAACUUGCUGCACGACUGGACAAGAACACAUCUUCUUCAAACCACUCGAGACUGUCGAUAUUGAAGAGUACCCAUUCUGCUCAGAGCUUGCGACUACGUUUAAGGCUCAUGCUGCCGCUGUUGAUCUGGAUCUCCCUUGUGUCUAA